GCAGAGCUCUGAGCCAAGCCAGCUUGGAAGAUGGCCGAGAAGCUGGUGCCUGGGGACCUGUUCUCGAGGAAGACUCGGGAAUCGGUGUCGUCCCUGGACUCAGACAAGCUGGCACCCAUCUCACCCGAGGUGGGUGGUGAGGAGUCGUCCGACAGCGAGGGCGAGCAGGAGGACAAUUCUCACAAGCUCAUCCGGAAGGUUUCCACCUCGGGGCAGAUGAGAAGCAAGAAGAGUGUAAAGGAGGGGCUGUUGCUGAAGCAGACGAGCUCCUUCCAGAGGUGGAAGAGACGAUACUUCAAGCUGCGAGGCAGGACACUCUAUUAUGCUAAAGAUGCCAAGUCCCUGAUCUUUGAUGAGGUGGACCUGUCUGACGCCAGUGUGGCCGAGACCAGCACCAAGAACAUCAACAACAGUUUCACGGUGAUCACUCCGUUCCGGAAGCUCAUCUUAUGUGCGGAGAACCGGAAGGAGAUGGAGGACUGGAUCACUGCCCUGAAAUCUGUCCAGAAGUGGGAGAUCCAUGAGGCCACACAGUUCAACAUGGAGCACUUCUCGGGCAUGCACAACUGGUACGCCUGCUCGCACGCCCGCCCCACCUUCUGCAACGUGUGCCGCGAAGCUCUGCCAGGGGUCACCUCCCACGGCCUCUCCUGUGAAGUCUGCAAGUUCAAGGCACACAAGCGCUGUGCUGUCAGAGCCACAAACAACUGCAAGUGGACGACUCUGGCCUCCAUCGGCAUUGAAAUCAUCGAGGAUGAGGAUGGGGUGGCCAUGCCCCAUCAGUGGCUGGAGGGGAACUUGCCCGUCAGCGCACGCUGCGCUGUUUGCGACCGGACCUGUGGCAGUGUCCGGAGGCUGCAGGACUGGCGGUGUCUCUGGUGCAAGGCCAUCGUGCACAGUGCCUGCAAGGAGCUCCUUGGCAAGAGGUGCCCCCUGGGCCAGUACAAAGUGUCCAUCAUCCCGCCAACUGCCCUGAACAGCAUCGAUUCUGAUGGUUUCUGGAAAGCCACCUGCCCCUCGACCUGCUCCAGCCCUCUCCUGGCCUUUGUCAACUCCAAGAGUGGGGACAACCAGGGUGUCAAGUUUCUGCGCAAGUUCAAGCAGUUCCUCAACCCAGCCCAAGUCUUUGACCUCAUGAAUGGGGGCCCACACUUGGGGCUGCGUCUCUUCCAGAAGUUCUCCACGUUCAGAAUCCUGGUGUGCGGUGGGGAUGGCAGUGUGGGUUGGGUGCUUUCUGAGAUCGAUGCCCUUGGCCUCCACAAGCAGUGUCAGCUGGGUGUCCUGCCGCUGGGGACUGGUAAUGACCUGGCACGGGUCCUGGGCUGGGGCAGUCUGUGUGACGAUGACACUCAGCUGCUGCAGAUCCUGGAGAAGCUGGAAAGGGCCACCACCAAGAUGCUGGACCGGUGGAGUGUGCUGACCUAUGAGGCGCCCAAGCAGUCCCCCUCAGCCCUGAAGGAGGAGGAUAACGGGGACUCCAACAUCCAGGUCCAGAUCUACCAUUAUGCUGACUCUGUUGCCUUCCACCUGGCCAAGAUCCUGGAGUCAGACAAGCACUCAGUGGUGAUCUCCUCUGCAAAGUUCCUCUGUGGCACUGUCAAUGACUUUGUGACUGAAGUUGGGCGGGCUUACAAGAGGGCAACGGAGAACAAGCAGGAGGCUGAGCUGAUGGCACGGAAGUGCGCCAUGCUGAAUGAAAAGCUGGACUCGCUGGUGCGGGAGCUGAAUGAGGAGGCUCAGGCCAUCAUGGGCCCUGAAGAAAUGGCACAGACUGAUGUCAAGGACCAGGAGAAAGCUGGCAGUUUCAACCCCAGCCCCAUGCCUCGCAUUUUCAAAUCCAAGGAGCAACUCAUGCUGCGGGCAAACAGCCUGAAGAAAGCCCUGCGGCAAAUCAUUGAGCAGACAGAGAAAGCUGUGGAUGAGCAGAACAAGCAGACCCAAGCCUACCAGGGCAGUGUGGGCCCCAGCAAGGACAGCUCGGAGGAGGUCAACAAGGAGGAGGAGAAGCUCAGCUCCCGGCGGGAGACGGUGACCUCUGCAUCUUCCUCCAUCAUCCUGAACCGGCCGGACACCUUUGGCAGCUUGCAGUUCCCUGAAGACCUCAACACCCUCCACUUCUCGGAGAAAUGCGUCAUGAAUAACUACUUCGGCAUCGGCCUGGAUGCGAAGAUCUCCCUGGAGUUCAACAACAAACGCGAUGAACACCCCAAGAAAUGCAGCAGCCGCACCAAGAACAUGAUGUGGUAUGGGGUGCUCGGCACGAAGGAGCUCCUGCAGCGCACCUACAAGAAUCUGGAGCAGCGGGUGCAGCUGGAGUGUGACGGGGUGCCUAUCUCGCUGCCCAGCCUGCAGGGCAUUGCUGUCCUCAACAUCCCCAGCUAUGCUGGCGGCAUCAACUUCUGGGGAGGCACCAAGGAGGACAAUAACUUUGGGGCUCCGUCCUUCGAUGACAAGAAGCUGGAGGUGGUGGCAGUCUUUGGCAGCAUCCAGAUGGCCGUGUCACGGGUCAUCAACCUCCAGCACCACCGCAUUGCACAGUGCCGUGUGGUGAAGAUCACCAUCCGGGGGGACGAGGGUGUCCCUGUGCAGGUGGAUGGAGAGGCCUGGAUCCAGCCACCUGGCAUCAUCAAAAUCCAGCACAAGAACAGAGCCCAGAUGCUGACAAGGGACCGGGCAUUUGAAAGCACCCUCAAGUCUUGGGAGGACAAGCAGAAAGGAGAGAGCUACCGAGCAGCCGCACGGCCACGGCUCAGCUCCCAGCAGUCCAUGGAGUACCUGACUGAGGAGGAGAGCAGCCUCCUGCAGCAGGUCUCACAGGUCGCCGAGACCCUCAUUGCCAGGAUCCAUGAGGCAGCCAAGGCUCACAAGGCCGUGGAGCAGGAGCUAGCACAUGCGGUCAAUGCCAGCUCCCUGGCACUGAGUGAAGCCCUCUCCCACAAAGCUGCUGGCACCUCAGAGUUUCUCAGCAGGAAUGUGGCUGUGGAGGUGGUACUGAGCAUCAAGGAGCUGUGGGCUGAGACCAGGGCAUUCCUGGAAGGGAAGGCGCUGGACUCACCACAGGAGGAGGAGGCACUGCACGGCCCCCUGAGUGUCCUGGGCCAUGAGCUGCAGCGGCUGCUGGACAUCCACUGGCUGGGCCCUAUUGCCCACCCUGCUGAGGAGGAGGGUGCCAGCAGUGCCAACAAGGGCAGCUUUAAGCUUCGCCUCAACAUCCCCAAGCCUAGGAAGGAGAAGGACAAGCUGCAGAAGCAGAAGGCCAACAGUGCGCUCCCAGCAGACAAGUGGAGCUCCGAGGAGGUGGCAGCUUGGCUGGAAGCACUCGGUUUGGGGGAAUACAGAGACAUUUUUGUUCGGCAUGACAUCCAGGGCUCAGAGUUGAUUCUGCUGGAGAGGAGAGACCUUAAGGACCUGGGGAUCACCAAAGUGGGCCAUAUGAAGAGGAUCCUUCAGGCCAUUAAGGAGCUCAGCAACGUGCCCUAG